AUGGAUAAAAUACAUUGCCUUUGUUGUACGGUUAUCAAUCUUACCAGACUUUUCAGACUUGAAUUCAAAAUGUGCUCAUCCCCGGUGUCUACAGCUUCGACCUUUGACGCCAAUUUAUUACAGCAGACUUUUGACAACGCCAUCGAGGAGACAUGUCGUAGCUUCGGGCUUUUUUCACCUUUUCAAGACAGAGAACGUCGAGAUGAUCUUGGGAAAAGUGGAAAAGACGGUGCAAGCCCUGCCGGUGUUGAAACAUCUCCUGUGGGUGAUUUAACGAGCGGUGCGCCGACAGCAGAACCUACCGAUGGCAUGACAUACGAAGGAAUACUCCAUAAUGAAAGACAAAAGAAAUUCCCCCGGUCAUACUAUCAUGUCGAAGAAAUGAACAAAGGACCGGUUGACUACGCACUCCGUUUGGCUCAAGUUCCUUCUCAGUACCAGUUGGAAUCUCUUUCGGAAAUGUAUGUAUGCGACUUUCCGAAGCUCUGCAAAAGGUACUGA